AUGCAAGCAGAACCGUCAAUUUGUAAUACAACCGAAGGUCCAAACCUUAUGUAUUGCAUUUACUAUCGAAGUACAAAUGUUGCUACUAAUACAGUGAAAGUUACGCGUGUAGGUAGUUUAAAUGGUGAAAUUUCUGUUCAAGAAUAUGGGUUGACGAAUUCAUCUAUGGUGAAACUAAAUACCUGCAGUGCCAUAAGAACAGCUAAUUUUUUGGCUGAACUAUACUAUUGCCAAUCUGAUCUUUGCAAUACAAAUGAUGGAUGCCAAGCAGAUCGAGUAUUCAAUCCAGCAACAAAUGCAGUAGUUGUCCAAUAUCGCGCUGCACUGACACCAGAAGUGGCACUUCCAGAUGGUAGCUUGGUGACCAAUAAAGUUGCUGGCAACAAUUAUUGCAUAGAAUCCAGCGGCAACGGUUAUAAAGCACAAACAUUUUUCUGUCAAGCUAAUCUCUGCAACUCUUACGACAGCGUUUGUCCAGCAUAUAAAUCUAGUAUGCCACAUAUUUACUUAGAUUCAAUUUUAUAA